AUGGCUUCCGCAAACAAUGAUCGUGUAUUUAAAGAUGGUGGUAGUAGUAACAAGCCUCCUUUGUUUUCCGGUCAAUAUUUCGACUUUUGGAAAAUCCGUAUGAAGGCACAUUUAGAAGCACAAGGAAGUGACAUAUGGGAGGCGGUUCAAAAUGGUCCUUUUAUUCCUACAACGGUUGUCAACGGUGCUAGUUCAACAAAGCCACAAGGAUCAUGGGAUGAUGAUGAUAAGAAAAGGGUUCUCUAUGAUAAAAAGGCGAUUAAUAUUUUACAAAGUGCACUUGGAAUGGAUGAAUUCUUCCGCAUCUCAACAUGUACAACGGAAAAGGAAAUAUGGGAUACUCUUGUAGAAACUCACGAAGGAACGGCCGAAGUCAAGAGAUCUAGAUUGAACACGUUAAGUCAAGAGUACGAGUUAUUCCGAAUGCAACCGGGAGAAUCAAUCCUCGACUUGCAAAAAAGAUUCGUGCAUUUGACAAAUCACUUGAAAGCACUUGGUAAGACACUAACUAAUGAUGAACUUAAUCUUAAACUUCAAGAAUAUGAGACGGAACUUGGACUAUUGGAGAAACAUGAGGUCCAAGAGAAGAAAUCCAAGAGCAUUGCCUUAAAAGUUGAUUCCAAAGUUGUGAAGAAAGAAGACAAUCCCGAAGAGGACGGAAACUUUAUGCUUCUUGUAAAAAGACUAGGAAAAUAUUUUGGUGCAAAAAAUAAUAUUGGAAACUCUAGUUACACAAGAAGAAAGAAGUUCUCAAAGAACAAAGAAAGAGAAGCAUCAACAUCCAAUGAAGACAUUACAUGCUAUGAAUGUGGAAAACAAGGCCACAUCAAACCGGAAUGUCCCAAACUCGCAAAGAAUCGUGACAACAAAGGAAAGAAGGAUUACAAUAAGAAGGCCUACAUUGCUUGGGAUGACAAUGAAAUAAGUUCUUCAUCGGAUUCCGAUAGUGAUCAAAGCGCAAAUCUAGCAUUGAUGGCAUCACAUCAUUCCGACGAUGAAGACGAUGAGGUUAGUAGUAACUUUUCAAUUUUUGAUAAUGAUGGUCAAGGAGCAAUUGAUGAACUUUUAAGUGAAUGCAAAAUUCUAUACAAAACUAUUUCAUCUCAAAAGAAUCAAAUAUCAACUUUGGAAGAAAAUAUUGAGAAAAUGAAAAAUAAUCUCAAAGAUGAAAAGGAAGAAUUAAUCAAGAAUUUUGCAUGCACUAAAUGUGAGUCACUUGCUUUUCAAAUAGUUCAAUUGAAGAGAGUUAUUGAAAGAUAUGAAAAAGGUCAAAUCAGAUUGGAACAUGUUCUUAGUAGUCAAAGAUACUCAAAUGAUAAAAGUGGUUUAGGUUAUUCAAAUUUUGCUAAACAAACUUCUAACAAGACCAUUUUUGUAAAAGCUAAAGAACAAAUUCCUUUAGAUAAAAGUAACAAGCCUAAAGUGGUUCAUCAAUAUAAUAAUAGGAAAAGGAACAAAUCUUAUUAUAAAAAGAAAUCUUAUUCCCCUAGAUAUAAAAGCAACUUUGAGCCUACAUGUUUCUAUUGUGGUAUUAAAGGUCAUACUCCUAAUGCAUGUUAUGUUAGAAACUUUAGUGUUGCUCAAGGCCAUUAUGUAUGGGUUAAGAAAGAAACUACCUUUGAAGGACCCAAAGCAAUUUGGGUACAUAAUAAAACUUAA